CUCAUCAUCUCACAUGCUUUAUACUUUGUGAAGGUUACAUUAAACCAAAGCCAUUCCCUUCCUUCAAAAACGCACCCUAUUCUUCCCUAUUUUGCAUCCGCAUUUGUUCUUGAAUCUCUCUGAGUAUUCUCUUUGCAGAGAGAGAGAGAGAUAUGGAGAGAAUGUUCCCUCCAAAGAAGCCUUCAACUAUGAAUUCACAUGACAGACCCAUGUGUGUUCAAGGUGACUCUGGUCUUGUUCUCACAACUGACCCUAAACCUCGUCUUCGUUGGACUGUUGAACUCCAUGAACGUUUUGUUGAUGCUGUUACUCAACUUGGAGGACCUGAUAAGGCCACUCCUAAAACUAUUAUGAGGGUUAUGGGUGUCAAGGGUCUCACCCUUUACCACCUCAAGAGUCAUCUUCAGAAAUUUAGGCUUGGGAAGCAACCCCACAAGGAAUUCAAUGAUCAUUCAAUUAAGGAUGGUAUGAGAGCUUCGGCUUUAGAACUGCAACGAAAUACUGCUUCCUCUUCUGCCAUGAUUGGCCGCAACAUGAAUGAGAUGCAAAUUGAGGUGCAAAGAAGACUUCAUGAACAGCUUGAGGUACAAAAACACCUUCAGUUAAGGAUUGAAGCUCAAGGGAAAUACAUGCAAAGUAUAUUGGAGAAAGCUUAUCAAACACUUGCAGGUGAAAACAUGGCAAGUAACUUAAAGGGUAGUGUUAUUGUUGGACCUCAAGGAAUGCCUGAAAAUAUGGCACUCUUGAAAGAAUUUGGUUCACCACCUCUUAGUUUUUCAUCUUUUCAAGAUCUUGAUCUUUUUGGCGGCGGCGGCGGCGAUCAACUUGAUCACCUACAACAAAACAUGGACAAACAACCACUUGAUCAUGGAUUCAUGCAAAUCAAUGAUAGUUUAUGUCUUGGAAAAAAGAGGCCUAACCCUAACCCUUAUAGUGGAAAUGGAAAAAGCCCUUUAAUGUGGAGUGAUGAUUUAAGGCUUCAAGAUUUGGGAACACCUUCAUCAUGCUUAGAAGAUCAUCAAAUUCAAAUUGCACCACCAUCAUUGGAUAGAGGUAGUGAUAUUGACACUAUAUCAGAUAUUUAUGAUACAAAAAAUUUACUUCAAGGGGAUAUUUUAGGUGAAAAGAAAUUUGAUGGAUCUAUGAAACUUGAAAGGCCAUCACCAAGAAGAGCACCACUUCAUUCAGAAAGGAUGAGUCCUAUGAUUAGUACUGGUACCAUGGCACAAGGUAGAGGCUCACCAUUUGGAUGAGAAUUAAUAAUGAUUAUUAUCUAUAGUUUUUUAGAUUAUUGGAUAAUUAUAAUUAUGGUAUAUGUAUUUGAUCCAUUAUGUGAAACUUUUUUAGGGUUUUAAAUUUGGUCUUUGAAAUCAUUAGUUCUUAUGAGGGAUAUUUCCUCUCUCAAUUAGUGUUAUGUGGUAUAAUGCCUUUGCAUGGCAAACCAAAGUCUUAAUUAUUCUAACUAUAAUAUAGUUAUUAAAGCACUUCCUAAAUGUGCUUAAUGUGAGCUUUCACUCUUGUAUGUUUUA